AUGUCUGACUACGAGGAGAAGGAAUUCAAUGUGGAGGAAAUUCGCAAAAUGGAUCCGAUGGAUGUUAUCGAUCAAUCGAUGACAUCAAAAGAGUUCCGUGAGUUCCUUACCAUCCACAAACCCCUCAAAGCAAACCUCACAUGGGCCCUGGAUACUGUUCAUCAGUAUUCCAUCCCCCGAUUCAUUCCAGCUAAUCUCCCUAAGGGUACCCAUCGACGAGGUACCCAUCGUAUUUUUACCUUCGAUGAGCGCCUCAUCUUGGAAUUGAAGUUUCUUAAGGAACAUGAGAAAUGUGUCCGGUUUUACUUUGGUGAUCAAGGAAAUACGGUUGGAGAGUCCAAGGUGCUGAAAUAUGGGGACCCGAUGAAGAUGGUAAGAGAAGAGGAUGCAUUUAAGGUGAUUGGAAGGUCAAAUAUGGAAAUUCUGACAAGAGAUCGACAUGACUUGUUGUUAUUGGAAUGCAUUUCGAAGCACAUUCUGGAGAUUUUGGAUGUCCAAAAGUUCCAUUUGAGUUACGGAUUCUUGUGGGACUUUAAGCUGGAGCAAUCGUUUCCAUUCAAGCUCACUAAACGUUUUGAGUCUAUCACGGUACAAACUCGUUAUGACGACCAAGUGGCUAGAAACGAUCUCAGAAAACUUCUGAAAAACGCCACCAAUGUCAAAGAUUUGGAGCUGUGUAUUGAGCUGGAGCCAACAACAUCUCCUCAAAGACCUUUAGUUUUCAACUGCGAGUCCCUGAAAAUCAGAGAGGGGGAUUGGGUAGAGACGAACGAUUUGAUGGGUGCCACGUGCAAAAAAAUAUAUGUGGAUAGGAUGGAGAUGAAUAUGGAGGAGGUGGUGCAAAUCGUGAACAGCUGGAAAAAUGGUACAAGAUUUCGGAAUCUGGAGUCGAUGGAAAUAAGAAUGUCGAAUAAGUUGGAGGGAAUCGAGAAGGAGAUGGAUAAGGUUUUUGGUGUGAGGAAAGCCAACGCACAGGCCAACGCUCAACGUACCGUCAAACGUGUAACCGACGGAAAGAUUGCCUCCUUAUACUUGAAACCUCAUUUAUUCAGAAUCGAUGUUCAAUAG